AUGGCAGAGCCACUUCAGCCCCACCAAACUCCAAAUCGUCCAUGGGAAAAACUUGGGGCAGACCUUUGUACAGUUAAUGGCAGGGAAUAUUUAGUCAUUGUAGAUUACUUUUCGCAAUUUAUCGAGGUUUGCAUGCUGCACAGCACAGCUAGUGCAGCAGUGAUAAAUAAGAUAAAGUCUGUGUUUGCAAGACAGGGAACACCUAUUGAAUUGAUGACCGACAACGGGCCUCAAUUUAACAGUGCUGAAUUUAGGCACUUUGCAGCUGAUUGGGACUUUGUUCAUACGACUUCUAGUCCUCACUACCCCCAAUCCAAUGGACUGGCUGAAGGAGCAGUAAAGAUAGUAAAAAAUUUGAUCAAAAAAGCAGUUCACAGCAAUCAAGAUAUUAUGAAGGCCCUGCAAAUAUACCGUAGCACCCCUCUUGAAUGUGGAAAAUCUCCAGCAGAGCUACUCUACAACAGGAGAAUGAAAACGAACUUGCCCAUGGCAGAUAACUUGCUAAACUUCCAGCAACUAGACACGAAAGCAUUCGUAGCAAGGAAGAGCAGGGUAAAGAAAAAGCAGCAGAAGUAUCAUAUGAAGCGAGUAGGUUCACAUGCUUUACCAGAGUUGGCAGUUGGAACACGAGUUAGACUAUGGGACACUUUAAAGAAUACCUGGUCUCAAACUGGAUGGAUAAAAUUCAUACUACCAAAUCGCUCAUAUUUUGUGCAGACAGAAAAGGGAGUUUUCCGAAGGAACAGACAAAUGAUACGGAGAGAACCUGGGUACAAUACCGACAUUUUACCAAACUAUUCAUCAGUACCUUGUGAAAGACCAGAAUCGGAAGAUGAAGAUGAAGAAGUCCAUUUACAAGCCAAUGUAAAUAAUAAUUGUGAUAAUGAUGGCGAUAGAAAUAAUACUCAUGCAGAAGAUAUAAGCGUCCCACGACGUAGUAAACGCGAUUGGAAGCCAAAUCGUAAAUACUUUAACAAUGAUUACACUACAUAG